CACGUGGUUGAACGGAUCAACUGAUACUCACGAAUCAACACCAACCGUCUCUCUUUGGCUAGUAGGACUAUUGUUACAUGAUGAAGUUGUUACACACCUUUUUUUCCAUCAUCUUGGUGGGGAGUUCCCUGGCUGUGAGGAUUAGUCACAAUCAUUCUCAACGAGAUUCAGCUGUCGUUGUGACAUACCAAACAAGCCAGCCAACAGGAGCUGGACAGCCACAGGCUGCUCCUGGUGGCGGCGCUGCGUCCCCUGCUGCGGCAAGUUCGCCAGCACCUGCUUCAGCUGCUUCACCUGGACAGCCAGGUACCAAAAAUGGGCCUGGACCUGAAGCAGCCAAACAAGAAGGACCGGCCCAAGGUCAAGUUGUAGCUCAACAAGGAACUGGACUUUCCGGCGAGACUUCUGGUUUGGCUGCCAGUGGAACUGUAUCAUCUAGUUCGAGUGGCAGCGAAACAGAUCUUGCAGGUAAACCAAAAGGCCAAGAAGAGGCUGCUGUUAAGGGUCCAGCGGUUCCCCCUGCUAAGGUUCCUGAAGUACCUAAAAAAGUGGUACCUGAAAAGAAGGUACCAGUUCCAGCCCAAAAAACUGAAGAGGAACAACAAAAUGAAGGUCAACAAGACCAAGAAAAACAAAAUGAUGAAGAUCAACGAACAAAAGAGAAAGAAACUCUCGAAAAGGCGAAACUUGAGGGAAAAGGCACUCAAGAAACCCAGCCUUCUGAUGUUAAUCUACCAAAGGCUGAUAUCGAUGUUUCCGGUCCUAAGGUAGAUGUUGAUAUUUCUGGACCUAAAGUUGAGUCUUCUGGUCCUCAAGUAGACGUUAAUCUACCAAAGGCUGAUAUCGAUAUUUCCGGACCUAAGGUAGAUCUUCAGGCUCCUCAAUCAGAUGAUCCCAGUCAUAAGGCUGACGUUGAUGUCUCUGUUCCUAAAGUUGAAGGUGAUCUUAAAGGUCCUAAGGCUGACGUUGACGUCUCUGUUCCUAAGGUUGAAGGUGAGCUUAAACAUGGUGAGCAACCUUCCGGAAGUUUGAAACCAGAACAACCCCAAGCUGAUUCACCAGGUACCGAGGCAUCUCUUCCAUCCGACAAACGCCAGGGUACCGAGGUUCAACAAACAGCAUCUGGCGCUGAUGGUGUCCCUCAGGCUGGACCCGAAGCAGGUGGUGUAAAAUCUUCUCCUACUCCUAAGGAACCUGCACCAACCUCUCCUAAGGAGCCUGAACCAACUACUAAGGAACCAGCACCCACUACCCCUAAGCAGCCUGCCCCUGCAGAACCCAAGGAACCAGCACCUACAACCCCCAAGGAACCAGCUCCUACUAGCCCUAAGGAACCUGCUCCUACUGAUCCUAAAGAACCAGCACCUGCGGAACCCAAGGAACCUGCACCAACUACUCCUAAGGCUAAGUUACAACCUGAGUCACAUGAAGAAAAUAUCAAAUUGAGACCAGACCAAAUCCAGAAGGCCAGAGAAAACGAGGGUAUCCUACAUGUCACUCAUGGUGAAUCUGGUGAACUCCAACGUGAUGAAGCAUCUAGUUCUAGUGGUGUCACCAACGGUGUUACUACACAGGUGCCAAUUAGUCAGACCAGCGUGGAACACCCUCCAGCUCCCGCGAAACCAACCCUCGAGACCCUGGUCGGUUCCGGGACCAUCUGCCACAAGCAGCAGAUCCUUAGCCACUACCUCCAGAACGAGAUCAGUCACGGUCCCAUGAAGGAGACCUUCAACCCGAUGACGAACACUCCUCAGGUGCUGCAGAAGUGCCGCGAGAUGUCCAGGAAGAAACCCAGUGUCUGCAAGAGCGGCACCCUUACCACCCAGCCAUUGUGUGCAACUCUCAACUUGACCAAGACCAUUGGUAACUACUUCACCUACGGUGUAUGCACUGUUGAGGCUGCCUUGAACCAGAUGUACCACAAAAGGUACACCGGUACGUUCAUUGCCAAUGACAUGAACUACUACAUGACCAUCUUAAAGAAGGUGUCCACUUUUAUGCCCGAGGCCCAGAAAACCUAUGGAGACUCGCUUAAGAUACUGGAACACCUCCAGAAACUGUUCUUGGACGCUGAGCAGGCUUUGAUAUCACCCGAGGUACAAGCCGUCCUCUACAAGAGGUGGAGCUUGCUCGACACCGUACUCUGUGGUAUUGCCUCAGGUUCACAGAAUGAAGUACUAGACAACGUGAACGCCAACUCAGCUGACCAGACUGCCGAGGCCGUUGUUGACCUCGAGGACUUUAUUUACCAGGCUACUAACGUCUUCAUGAAGGCUUACGAGCCAUUCGUUGAGUUGGUAUCCGUCCUCCAGAAGCAGGUUCUCAAGGCUGCCUUGGAGCUUAACAAGGAAGAAUUCGCCAACAAGGUGCGCGAAUUGCUCAAGAACAUUGCUGAGAAGCACAACCCACUGAUUCCCGUUGGGUCUUUGGAGAUCAUGAAACAGAUUCCUCAUGCCGGCUUGGACGCCAAGGAGGUCCAGGCUGUAGCUUCCUCUAUGCCUAGUGUCAGCCUUGUGCAGCGUAACAGCAGGUCGUCCACCUCACAGAAUGAAGACACUGUUACUGCUACUGAGGCUAUCAACACUGCACUGCUUAGUGUCAACAUCUUCAAGGUCAAGGACAACAGCGUCCUGCCUGAGAUGGAUGUUGACCGUGUCAAGGCUAUGGUGCGUGAAGCCCUUCUUAACCUAAGUGAAGAGGAAAUGGUGGCCAAACUUAUCGUACAGCCUCAGGCUGCCAUUCGUGUGUUCUAUGACACGCUCAUAUCUCUUGUGCCGCUACCCAACUCCGACAAGAACUGGGUUCAGGAGAACAAGAUUUGGCUGGCUCAAUUCGCCAACAUUGCUAACGUCGUUGAAGAAAAGUUUAACGCCGCUAGACAUGCCAUAUCCGGCCUUGCCCAGCAACGCCCUACCUCUAUGCUCCAGGUCAAGAAUGACGCCCCUACUGGACGUUUCCUAAUUCAAUCACGCCCUGGAGGCGCUAACAUCGAAACUGCCGUCAGCACUUUUGUUGAGCCACUGCCAUUCCAGCAGAAAUUGGAGCCUAUGGCUUACGUGAAGGCAUUCAGCAAUGCUACCUUCGCCGGGACCGUUGGCGUCAUAUUUAUUGCAGUCUUCUCUAUAAUGUAGAACACGAAGUAGAUAAUGUUUUUGUUCUAUAU